AUGAGAGAACUUGGCAUUUCAACAAAGACUUCAUACAGCUCUAUGUCAGAUGAAGAACUGGACAACAAAGUUGCUGCUGUUAAAGCAAGAGUCCCUAAUGCUGGAUACAGACUUGUCAAAGGACUGUUACAGUCCGAGGGCUAUCGUGUUCAGUGGGACAGAAUUAAAGGGUCUAUGCACAGAAUAGACUCUGCUGGAGUUCUGUCCCGAAUGACACGCAUGGGGAGCACAUAUGUUUUUUUUACUUGUGUAAGGUACAACAUUGUCAUAUUUGGCAAUGUGGAUGGCUACUCAAGAAAGGUCCUGUACCUGAAUGCUGCAAAUAAUAACAAGUCGAGCACUGCGCUUGCUUUUUUCUUGGAAUCUGUGCAGCAGUUUGGUUGGCCGUCAAGAGUAAGAGGUGAUCAAGGGGUCGAGAACCUGGGCAUAGCACGGUGCAUGUUUACAGUGCGGGGGACUGGACGAGGCAGCUUUGUGUCAGGAAAGAGUGUACAUAAUCAGAGAAUUGAGCGUUUAUGGAGGGACGUAUGGAUGGCUGUGACCCAGAUCUACUACGAGGUUCUGCAUGGUCUGGAAGAAGAUGGCCUACUUGAUCCUUCUAAUAACAUGCAUAUGUUUUGCGUUCACUACAUCUUCCUACCUCGGCUGAACGACGACCUGACAAAGUUCAGCGAUGGUUGGGACAACCACCCACUACGCACGGAGCAAAACCUAACUCCAAACCAGUUGUGGGUCAUGGGCCAUAUUCAACAUUCCACCACUGAACCAGAACAUCUUGAGCAGCCUGCUGAGGACAAUACCAUUGACUGGGAAAAUGUAGGGAUCCCACACGGGUCUCAUUAUGGCAUUGAAGUACCAGAGAUUUCCAGCCCAUUUAGUCCUGAAGAAAUGGAACAGCUACAAACUACCAUUAAUCCUAAAGGACCAUCACAAUGCUUUGGCAGAGACAUUUAUUUGAACAUGGUACAGUACAUACAAAUAAUUCUUGCCAACUCGAACAACAAUCGCUAACAAGGUCAUUGUUCUAACAACAAGGAUAUUGCAUAUACCAAAAAUAACUGAAAACAAUCAUGGCACUCUCUUUUUGCCAUUUACUUUUAGUGUAAACAUUUUUUUACAAUGUUAAGGAAAAUAAAACAUUAUUCUGUACCAUAA